GCGACUGCAGUCUCACUUUACGGCAUGGAAGCUGAACGAGCACGCGAAACUGAGGACAGCUAAACUAAGCAAGUUGCCGGGUGACAACAUUUGACUAAUAACCACGUUGUGGCGCGCUGUUCAUAUGUGGCCUUUUCAACAUAUCGAUCGCUGAGCGGAAGUGUAAUAUGUCAUCUUGAGCUCCAAAUAUGCCCUUAAAGACGUUGGUGGACAGCCAGAGUGAUGUCUUCCAAAGAGGCGGAGUCUCCCGCCCAAGCCAUGCACAUCAGUCAGUGUGACUCCGCCCCCCUGCUGUGGCAUACAGACGAAGUGGCCGCUGCACGCUCCCUUGGCCUGGUGGGAGCGCUGCUGGGCUCACUCCCGCGCACCCCCCGGCAGAAUGUGCGUCUGGGACGGCCGUUGCUUUUGCUGCCGGAGGAGGAGCGAUUUCUUGGCGACUGUGGCGCCCUCACUGCUAUUUCGCAAUCGGAUGUGGGCGUACGGGAGCACGCCCGCCAGGUGGCGCUCUAUGAGGAAACUCUGGAGCGAAGCUACCAGGAGCAGCAAGUCCUCGCUCUUCAAGACAGGAAGGCGGCUGUGCUACGUGCACUCAACUCAUCUCGACCAGGGUCUGAGGUCGACUGCGAGGAGGACAAGCGGCGCCGCUUGGAGACUCUAGAGCGUCACUUCAGCUUCCAGCGCUCCGCGCUGAUGGUCCAGCUGAAUACAGCCAGGGUAGGGCCGGCCCACCUUUCGGCAGGGCCGGCCUCUUGUGCCAUCCGCACGCCCGCUGCCGACGCCAAGUACCAGGUGUUCUUGGAUCUGAGGCGGCGGGGCUUCUAUCUGACCUCGGCUGGAAAGUUUGGCGGUGAUUUCCUGGUCUAUCCUGGCGACCCUCUGCGCUUCCACGCGCACUUCAUCUGCGUGUGCGUGCGCGCCGACGAGCGCGUGCCCCUGUCGGACCUCCUGGCCGCCGCUCGCCUGGGUUCCAAUGUCAAGAAGACGCUGGUCUUGUGUUCGCCUCACUGCCACGGUGGCGGCGUGACGUACUCGUCGCUCCAGUGGAGCGGAAUGAUCUGAUCUGAUUGGACAGCGGGACUGAUACGUCCUGGCUGUCCCUGGAGAGUACUGUUCUGCUCACUCAAGCAACCUUCCCUCAUCCCAGUGUGGACAGCAGACUUUUGUAUUCCUCAGUUCGGAACAGCGGUGGCAUCAGAUACGAGUGAGCCGACUGCAAAACUGAUGGGGUAAAAAACUAUCGCAAAGAUUUUGAGGAAAGAGGACGUGGGCAGCAUUGGUCAUGUAAAGGGUUGACCAGAAUCUCCAAACAAAGAGUUGAAUCUUUGUCUCAUCAGACCACAGAAUUUUCUUUCUUGUGGCCUGAGAGUUCUUCAUGUGCCUUUUGGCAUACUCCGGGCGGGAUGAAAUGUGUUGUUUACGAAGGAGUGGCCACUGUACCAUACAGGCCUGACUGGUGGAGUGCUGCAGAGAUGGUUCUCUGUCUCUGUGUUCACAUCUGAAUGGCUCCUGCCAAACAAAAUGAAGAAAUCAAUUCUGAUUCACUGGCAGAGCCCUAUGUAGAUAUGUGUGUUCUUUUAAAAUCUAAAUGCCAUCUCAAAUCCAAAUGUGUUUUUCUUUACACAAUUAUAUAGUCUCUCCCGAGUUAUGAGGGCUAGUAACUUUGAUUGGUGGGACACAAAAAGAACUUCGCCAGUAAUCUGAAGACAGACAUCUUCAUUUAAAAUGAAGCAACAAUGGUGCUGAUUCAUUUUUUUAUGCAAUGUCAUUUUUUAUGUCAUAUAUUUGGUUUCAUCGUCAGGUUGGUGCCGAUUAUCGAACGAGAAGGCUGUCCAUACACUGAAAGUAUUGAUACAGGCGAAAAUAUUCCUGUGAACUCUCAAAAAUGUAAUUCAGGCGAACAUUCGACAAGUUUUAAACAAGUUAAAUCGGGUAUACAGUAUACGUCACUUUCUACCGACCAGGUGUGCUAAUGGCUUUAUUAGGAUUUAGGGCACACACACAUGACCUCACCAUUGUACGGUAUUGCACACUGAUAAUUUAAACUGACAUUUGAUAACAAAUAUGUUUGGUUUUGCUUUUGUUUUAAGGGUGGGACGCGGUUAUUUUGGAUACAUUAAUGUGAAAACAAGUGGUCAAUAUCAUUGCAUUAGAAUUCAAUUAUAUUAUUUUCUUUCCCUUCGAUUAUUUACGCAAACAAUUUGACAAACUUGGGUGUUGUAUUUCAUCUCAGUCGUGGAAGGAGAACCCUGAGCCUCUUUAUAGGCGAAUAACAUAAUUGCAAAGCCAUUGGGGCAGGUUAAUUACGAAACACGUGUGUGUAGUUCACCUCCGCUGCGAUGGUGGCGCUCUGGUGUAAUACUUUUCAGUUGCUAAACAUGAAACAGGAAGUAGUUUGGUCGAGGUCGUUUCGUCAAAUAUCGAGCAAACAGGUCAACUGUUUUUGCCUCGGCAUUAUACAAAGGACGCCCGUUUGUAUGUUUUAGUUGAAAGUAACUACUCUUGGGGUGGUUGGUUCUGACCAUGCUAAUGCGAUUAAACUGGAUAAGUUUAAAGCAAAAUUACUGUUCGUCUGAAGUGGGUCACGUGGCCAUCGAGCGGGUCUUGAUUAUUUUAAUUUAUAGGAUUCAAAGCAACACAAUUGUCCUCAUCCGAUCCAUCGUGCGUUUGU